AUGUCCUAUCCUCAACAACCUCCUCAACAGCCUUACUAUUCACCACCACCUGGUCCUCAACAAGGUUAUUAUCCUCCUCAACAGCCCAAUGGUUAUUAUCAACCUCAACCACCACCACAAACUGUCAUUGUUCAACAACCUCAACAGCAACAAAAUGAUGAUUGCUGUUGUGCCUGUUUGUCUGGUAUGCUUUGUUGUUGUUUACUCGAGGACAUCUGUUAG